AUAACGAUAAUAUAUAUAUAUUGUGUAUAUUUUGUGUGUAACGUCGCUGGCACAUAGUUUAAUAAAUUUCGUUUUAUUAAGAAAUUUUGAAAGUCUGUUUUACAAAUAAUUUUAAAGUUAAUCAUGGCAGAAACAAAUGUAGAAAUCAAUGCUGGUGAUUGUUCAGUUGAUGAUAAAGUGAUGAUAAAGAAUGAUACGAAGACAGAUGAUGCAAAUAGAAAUGGAAUAAGUAAUAGUGAUAACAUUACAGAUUCAUUCAAAGUUCCAGAACAAAUAGCAAUUUCUUCAUUUGGGUUCAAAAAAUCAUCUCAAGCCAUUAAAUCAAACUCAUGCAAGAUUCUUGAAGAGGAAGCUGAUAAAGUUAAAAAGCCCAAGCCAUUAGAAAAAAAUGGUGAGAGUGAUAAAAAUCUUAGCGACUCUGAAAAUUUUAAGAAGAAAGUUGAAUGUUCCUCCUCAAGACAAGCUAAAUUAACAGUUAACCUGCCAUACAAGGAGCCUAGCUGGGGAGGAUGUGAUGAGAAAUCCAAUCAGUACAAACUUGAAGUUAUAAAGCAGGGAACUGUCAUCGAAAAUAUUUCCCUAACUGACAAAUCACUAAUCGUGUUUGGCCGCCUACCGAGUUGUGAUGUACCUAUGGACCAUCCAUCGAUAUCGAGACAUCAUGCGGUACUUCAAUACAGAGUAAACAGGGAGGACAAAGAUAUUAACGACGACGACGAGAAUGAAAAAAUUAAAGUAAUGAAAAAUGAAGAAGAAAGUGCAAAGAAUGAGGAAUCAAGUGCUGACAAGAACGAGAAGGAAGAUGGUUGGUACAUUUACGAUCUGGACAGCACACAUGGCACCUGGGUCAACAAAUACCGACUUCCCCCUCAUAAAUACAUCCGAAUCAGGGUUGGACAUGUUUUGAAAUUCGGCGGCAGUACCCGUUUGUACAUCGUUCACGGACCCGAUACCGACAAAGAAUCCGAGUCAGAGCUCAAUGUCACCGAACUGCGGAAAUUGAAACGCGAAACCGAAAUGGCAAGAAUGUUGGAAGAGGCAGAUCAAGAAACGAAACGAGUUGAGAAGGAACGUCUGGAACGGUUGCGUGAAGAAAACCGUGGGUGCUCGUGGGGCAUGGAGGAGGAUGAUGAAGUUGUGGAGGACAGCGAAGAUAACGAUCCUAAUGCCGUCAAUCCUUUUGCAGAGCUUACAGACGAAUCUCUCUACAUCGAAAACCCAAAGAAAGCAAUCAAAGGUUUCUACGAGCGCGAAGAUUUAGAGGAACCCGAGUACGAAUUCAUCGAUGAUGAUACUUUAUUCAUCGGUGCAGGAUUCAAGAGGAGAUGCCGUCUAAAACUUCCCAUCGAUGGUCCCAACGGAGAACCCCUAUACGCUGAGGUUGCCGUGUCAGGAAAGAAAAGAGAGGCUGUGAUUGCGUGCGCUCUAGAAGCCUGUAGAAUCCUCGAUAGACACGGCGUUCUCAGACAAUCGCAUCACGAAUCAAGGGCGAAAAAACGGCGAAAGAACUGGGCGGAAGAAGAUUAUUACGACAGCGACGAUGACACGUACCUGGACAGGACAGGCGAUGUUGAGAAGAAGAGGCAGUACAGGAUGCAGAAAGUAGAGAAGGUCAACCUCGGCAGCAAAGUUGAAACUUAUGACUCUCUGAAGGAGAAGUUUGAUAAAGUUUCAGAAGAAAUUAACGAAUUAGAAGAAAAACUUGCAAAGGACGAGGAGUUGAAAUCAAAAUCACUGAAAGAGAAAAAAGAAGACGAUGACGAAGAGGAAGUUGAUGUGUUAGAUGCUUUCAUGAAGUCUAUAAAAUCAGGUGGGUUGGAUGUGAGGACGAAGAUGGAGAUGAAAAGAAAGUUGCUGGAGUUGAAACAUCAGAAGAUGAGACUGCAGUCUCUGGUGGCCCUCAGCAAACCAUGCGACAUUAAAAUUAUUCCUAAUCUGAGGACUUCGACCAAUCUGUUUGGCAAGAAACAAAAUUUUAGUAAGCUGGUGAGGCCGAUGCGUGAAGUUGCUAAUAAUCAGAAAAACAACGAUAAAAAUGAAGAGGAGGAGGAAGAAGAAGAUGAUGAAGGUGUAGAGAGAGAGAAAGCCAAAAAUGUUGUUACGGAAGUUGAUGAUGAUAACAAUGAAGCGAAUAAGAACAAAAUUAAUGAAAUACAUCGGCAAGGUGGCAACGAAAGAGAGAUAAUUUCACAGAAUCCAGCACCAAAUUUAAGUAACAGCAGUGGCGAUAACAGUACGAAAAAUGUCUCAAAAACUAAACGAAAAACAUCAUCGUCGUCGCAGUUGUCAGUUUCUUCAGUGGCCAAAAAAUUGAAAGAAGAGAGUCUGAGUGCACUUCCUGCUGAAGAUGGACUGGACUAUUCGACGUGGAUGCCACCUAGCGAUCAAGCCGGAGACGGCCGGACGAAAUUAAAUGAAAAAUAUGGCUAUUGAAUGAGAGACAUUGAGGGAGACUGAUAAAAAGAGACUUCUUCUGACUAACUAUGUGUGCAUAAUACAGGCACGAAUCUAAGAAUUUGUUAAAUAGACGAUACGAUGUGAAUUUUUCAUAAACAAUGCUUCUAACGAAAGAAGUUCUGGUGUCACGAACGGAUUUAAUACAUUUACAACAUUUAGUUUUUUUUGUUACUUUAUAAUUUUGUUUCAAUUCUUUUAUAUUAAAACAUGUUGACUGUGGAAACUCGUGCUUGUUGUUGUGCAUUUCAUGCACACAUAAACUUGAAAUAUUUUACAUGUAGUAAAUAAAAGCAAUGAUUUGGUAUGAAUAUCAAUCAUAAUGAUA